AUGCCCGCCGAAACCGGGCAAGCGGGCGCAGAGCCUGCGCGCCAGGAGGGUCAAAGUUCCAUAUUUCGUACCGUUUUCCAGGGCAUCGCAAUCUACAUGGGCAUUCAAUUCGUAAUGAAGCAGUUCAUUGGAGGCCCUCAGACAACAACGGUCAAAGACGCGAGCGGCAAAACUGUCCAGGUCGCGACCUCGAGCAAUGUCCCGCCGUAUAGCGAACGACCAGCGAGCUUGAACGAGGGUGCCACAUACAACCGGAUCCCCCAGUCGCUCGGCCCCAUCUGGCCCGACAACAGCGUCGUCGACAUUAUCGUGACCGUCUCGCCCUCAUUUGGUCUCACCCCGCUCAAAGACUUGCCAGAGGAUGGAACUGUACUAGAGGAGAAGGAGUUUCGGAUUGGGAACUGGAGCGACAAGCGCGCUGCGGAGCGCACCAUCUAUGUCCCGACUCCCGUUCAACACAAUGGCACACUCUGGGGUCACUUUUACGUCGGUCUCUCGGGCGCCCUUCUGGACCCUACCCAGAAGGGUUACGACCCGGCCUCGGCUUACCAUUUUGUCUAUCCCCUGACGCAGCACAUCCCCAAGAAGAAGGAAGCCAAGACGAGGAGCCUUUUGUCGGAUGCUCCCCAGGUGGAAGAGCCGGUGUCCGAAGAACCCGAACAGGCCGGCCCAAUCAUCGCAAAUUACUACCACCCCAACAUCUCGCUGUCCUUCAUCCCGAACACUGGCGUUGUCUCUUACCCCCAGUCGCACCCUGCCGUCCGCCAAUUCCUACGCCUUGAGGCAACGGGCGCGCGUGAUGGGACUGGCCAGAACUCGUGGUACUACCCGAUCCUCUACGUCAACACAUUCUGGCAGCUUAAGACGCACAUGACCAUUCUGAAUGAUACGGUCAAGACCUUGCCUAUUCGCGUGGACCUCAACAACCUAGCGGAGUGGAAGUUCAAGACCAUGGCCUCUAUCGACAUGAGCGGUAAGGAAUCUGCGCGCCAGGCUGCGUACGGACACUCGUUGCCGGGAGGCGGCGACGGCAGCGAGAUCGAGAUGAUCAAGGAAAUAUUCAUCGACACGAACCCGAUUCUGCUCGGCAUCACCGCGGUGGUCAGCGUUGCGCACAUGAUUCUGGAGACGCUCGCGUUCGGCUCCGACAUUGCGCACUACCGGAAAAAGAAGGACAAUGUGGGCAUUUCGGUCCGGUCCAUUCUGGCCAACGUUUUUAUGCAGACGGUUAUCUUCCUGUAUCUGAUCGACCAGUCGCAAAACACCAGCUGGAUGAUUCUUGGUGGCCAGGCCAUCGGCAUCCUGAUCGAGCUCUGGAAAAUCACCACGGUGGUGAACGUGCGUGUGCGGCCAGCCCCACCUGGGUCGCUCAUCCCCUACUACGUCUCCUUCGAGGACAAGCACAAGCUCAGCGAGACGGAGGAGAAGACCAAGGAGUACGAUGAAAUCGCGUUCAAAUACAUGUACUGGGCCGGCAUACCGCUGCUCCUCGCGUACGCGGUCUACUCGCUCUUCUACGACACGCACAAGUCCUGGUACUCGUACGUGAUCACGACGCUGGUCGGUUCGGUGUACGCAUACGGGUUCCUCAUGAUGGUCCCGUCGCUGUACAUCAACUACCGGCUGAAGAGCGUGGCACACAUGCCAGGCAAGGCCAUGAUCUACAAGUUCCUCAACACCUUUAUCGACGACCUCUUUGCUUUCACCAUCAAGAUGCCCUUCUUGCACCGCCUCGCGACCUUCCGCGACGACAUCAUCUUUUUCAUCUAUUUGUAUCAGCGGUGGGCGUACAAGAUUGAUUACACUCGGGUGAAUGAGUUCGGCCAGGGUGGUGAGGACGAGGAGGAGCCGGAGAAGGAGGCCGCGGACAAGAAGGUAGAGAAGAAGGGUGAAAAGGAAACGAAGGCUCUGCCUGCUGGAUCCGUGGAAAACACCGCGACAACCACGGGGGCUCAGGCACCCAAAGCUACUAAGAGGAAAUAG